UAAUCAUGUUAUGUUAUUGUUAAGGAAAGCGUCUAUGUUUUUGUGUUGUACUGGUGCAUUGUACCUCAAAUCUCAACCACGAUUUCGAAUUCGUACUGUUCGUCAUUUUGCUGUUCCUGGCGUAUUAUAUAUUGUCAUACUGGACGCCAUUUUUAGUUGAUUAAACUUCAUUUAAUUUAAAAUUUAAGUGUCAUUUAUAAUUUCCAUAAGCUUAUUAAGUAUAAUUAAAACAAUUAUAACUACUUCAUACUUGAUUUAAUUUUAAAGUUUAAAAUUUAUAAACAAAAAUGUCGGGUGAUGAAGAAACGUCCAAAUCAUUGCCAUCCACAUCUGAAACCAACAACAUUGAGGAGUCAAAUGAACAGAACCCAACUGUAAGUGAUGUCAAUACUGGUGCAUUAGAAGUCGCUGAUGACAAAAAUUCAGCUUCUGACGAUUAUAUUCGUCUACGUGUAAUUACUAGUGAUAUGACCAACGAAGUACAUUUCCGUGUAAAAGCCUCCACGCCAUUGGUUCGCCUGAAACGCUCAUACUGCAGCAAGUUGGGUUUUCAGGUAGAUGAAUUGCGCUUUGUGUUUGAUGGUCAUCGAAUCACUGAUGAUGACACUCCAAAAAAGCUAGGCAUGAUCAAUGACGAUGUCAUAGAAAUAUAUCAAGAAAGAACUGGUGGUGGUAUAUAACUUUUUUAAGCAACAUUUUUUCUUUUAAUGGCAAUGAUUUAUUUUUUAAUCGUAAUUCUUCAUGUAUUGUAAACAAAAAAUUAAAGAUUUUUAAUUGAUCCUUCUAUAUCUAAAUAUCUGUAGUUCAUAUAAAUGACCAUCAAUUAUUAAGCAGAUCUUAUAAUAAAACACUAACUUUGAAUUACUGAAUUGAAAAAUGUAAAUUAAACACAUUUAAAAUACCUUAUAUAUUGUUUUAUAUUUUGUAUGUAUUUUCAUAUUUUUAGAAUCCGUAAACCUAGGAUAAUAAUUUGUAAUAAAUACAUACAAUUAAAAUUAAUUAUAAGUUUGAUGAAAUUAUCCAUUUCAUAAUUUCUGCGUUUAAAAUAAUAUUAAAGUUAUAAAUUUACCUUACUAUUAUAGUGUAGUAACCUUCAAAUAAUGAUCAAUCAACUAUAAAGAUAGAUAAUAUAAUUUAAGUUCCUUUCCUAUAUAUGUAUUUUUUUUCAAUAAUUACACUAAUUUUGAAUAAUUAUAAAUUAUAUUUUGUAUUUAAUGUAAAAUGUGGCAGAAGUAAAGUAAACCUAAUAAUGGUUAUGUAGUAUAUGCUACGGAUUAUGUAUACCUACUUACUAUCAAAUGAUUUUUUUGUAUCACUUGUUAUAUUUGUUAAGUUAAAAUAAAUAUUUAAUUAGGUUGCA